AUGGUGAAACUAAAUUCUACUUUAUUUUGUCUCAUUUUUAUCAACGGAGUUAAAGAAGGAUUUUUCUUAAUCUUGGCACCCUUUCUACCAGAAUAAUUGCAAGAAAAAGGAGUUUCAAUUUCUUCUUUAAUAGGAGGUAAAAUUUAAGGGAAAAUAGGAAGAAAAUUGAUGCGCUUGGAUUUCUAGCAAGAAUCAUAUAAGGUAUUGGAGGAGGGUUUCUUUAAACAGCAGGUACAAAAUUCGGGAUUAAAUAGUAAUAUAGCAUAUUCUGAACUUCUGAUUCAGUUUCCUCAAUAUGAGAAAUAACUUGUAUCAUGGAUUGAAUUUGGAGCAGUUGGAGGUGGUUUUGUGGGAUUAGUUUUCUCUUCAUUUUUAUCAUACUUUUUAGGGUAUAUUGGACCAUUCGCAUUAUGUGAAGGAAGUUUGUUGAGAAUGGAGAAAAAAAGUCUAUUAGAAAUGAAUUAAGCUACCUAAAAUUAACAGAAAAUGUAUAAUUCAGGUUUACUAGAUAAGCAAUAUACAUCAUAAAUAGAAAUAGAGAAGAGUCAUAUAUUAAAGCAUAGUAUUUUAUCAGGAAGUUAAUUAAAGAUUUUAUCAAAUAACAAUUCAAAGAUUAUAAAGCAGCAAGAGUAAGUGUAUGACAAGCUUGGCUAUUCUAAUAUACUUUUUACAAUGAAAGGAUUCUAUGGGUGUGUUGCUGUAGCUUUGAAUUUGCAUACCUUUUAUUAUCAUGAUACAAUUAUAGCAAAUUAUCUCAUGACGACUUAUGACUUUUAGCCAUGGGCAGUUUCAUUAGUGCAAUCGUGCUAGCCAGUAGGAUUCUUACUCACUACUCACUUUGCAUCUAAAAUAAUACCAAAGUUUAAUCCUCAAAUAAUACUUAUCUUGGCUUAGAUAUUCUAGGCAGGAGCCGCAUUUCUAGUGGGCCCAAGUCUAUUUUUCGAACUGCCAGAGAAGAUUUAUAUUAUGAUUAUAGGUUUAUUGCUCACAGGUAUGGCAUCUCCAUUUUCACUAAUUACUCCAUAUUCUGUUUUGGAGUAGAGUCUUUUAUCCUAGAGAGAUAAGAAUUUUAACCCAGAGGAGGUUUAAGACAUUGUAAGUGGGAUAUUUAACUCUUGUUAUGCUAUUGGAGGAAUAACCGGGCCCAUAUAUGGAGGUUAUGUUAAUGAUUUGACUAACUUUAGAACUACAAGUGAUAUAAUGGCUGUUAUCUUAUUAUUUAUUGGAGUAACUUAGCUCUUGCUAGUUUAUAUUCCUGACAGAUAAAGGCUAAAGAAUAAAGAAAAAUCAAAUAAGAAAUAAUUAAAAGGAAAUAUCGAGAGCAAAAACGUUAUAGAGACUAUAGAUACUGGAAACAUUAUAGAAGAAACAAUUUGA